AGCCUCACUUCGACGCGCGCGCAAGCAGCAGAGGUCCCGCAACUUCAAGAAACCAUUCGAACCGAUCGCCGGCGCAUCAACAACAACCACACCAAUAACAAUGGCAACCUCACACCAACCUUUCCCUUCUCGCCCAUAUACCUCUGGUCUGACACGUGGUGGAGGCGGCGGCGCACAAACUCCUUACGCAUCACAAACGCCCUUUGGAGCACCCCAGCAAAAUCCCAUUUCUGGCUUCAACACCACCGGCGCAGGAGGAGGAGGAGGAGGAGGAGGAUUCGGAACAGCAGGACCUUCAGGAACAACGCAGCAGCAACAACAACGCGAAGCGCAACGUCUCGAGCGCGAAAGACACGAACGCAUGGAAAGAGAAAGACGCGAAGCAGAAGAACGGGACGCGCUUGAGCGAAUCAGUGAGGAACAACGGGAGGAAAUUAAUGAAGCUUUUCAACUCUUCGACCUAGACAAAGACUCUCACAUCGACUACCACGAACUCAAAGUCGCUCUUAAAGCUCUCGGUUUCGAGCUACCCAAAGCAGAACUCUUACAGAUUCUGCAACAACACGGUAUUCCCGCUUCCGCUCUCACGGGGGCAACAACGCACGUCGCGCCCGCUGCACCACCGACGUUUUCCGGCCCGUCGCGAUUACUGCUCUCUCAUCAGGCGUUUGUGAGCAUCGCGGCACAGCGCGUGUUGGCGCGCGAUCCCCGAGAGGAGAUUGCGCGCGCGUUUGAGCUGUUUGAUACGGAAGGGAAAGGGAGGAUCGAGUUGCAGGAUCUGCGAAGGGUAGCGAGAGAAUUGGGCGAAGGGUUACAAGAGGAAGAAUUGGCUGCGAUGAUUGAGGAAUUCGACGUGCGAGGACAAGGCGGUAUCACACAGGAGGAGUUUAUUGGAAUUUGUCUCGGCGGGUGAGAGCUCAUGCUUCACGGAUCAAGCGUGGAUGACUGGUUGGAUUAACUGUUAAAAGCAUUGCCUGCCAUUUUGGAGAGCGAAGGCGUUUGGGAGUAGUUCAACUGAUACAGGGUGAGGGUAUGAGAGACGAUUGCGAAAGCCAUAUGUCUGAGACGUCUGGUCAUUUCCGCAAGCUAUGUCAAUGAUCCAAUGUAUUAGCGUGCCUUGAGGCAGCAAUGUGCCGGAGCCUAAGCAUAAACCAUCCCAAGAAAGCUCUGCCGAUACUGGUGCAGGUGCCGGCAUACAAUGCGGCUGCUUGCAGCGGAUUUGCGUGCAUAAUCCUAGCGCGGAAACCGGGCUGUCUGCCACCAAGCACUGUGGGUGCGAUCGCUGACAUCCAUGGUAGCGUUGAUGCUGCCAGAUUUUGCGGCCCGCUUGGACAAGCUUGGUCUUGGUCACGAGCAUCUUGUCCGAUGAGUUGCAUGGCUGGUACCGAUAGCCUGGAUGGAUGGUUACGCGCUGCCGCUUGUCUUCAGCCUCUUGCUUGGACGCCUCGAUGGCAGGCGUUGUCUCGCACCGCCACCACAAGCCAUACAAGUAGAGCUAUGAGCUUAGCAUCACGCACCGCCCUCCGGCCGGUGCUGGCUCCCGCACAAGGCAAUAAAGCAUACCAGGUAUGGUUGGAGUACAUGGUGUCGUGUCGAAAAGCUUUGAUAGUGCAGAUUCCAGAUAACUGCAGUCGCGCUGGCUCAUGAUUCUAAUCGGGUGCUGUGGUGAACGGAGCGAUCGCGCACACGGAAAGCAUGCACCUACGGAUUUGCUGGCUGGUAGAGGAGCGUGAAGUGCUUGGUGUGCGCAGUGGACACAGACGAACCACCAUCACCUCAAGACGAGGUCAGACUUAGCCUUCGUGCGCUGCUUCAUCUUGGGGAGAGCCGAGCAAGCGAACAACAGAGCCUUCCUGCAUGCUUCCACGCAUCACUGAUCUGACUGUCCCUGUCCUCCCUGCAGGCUCAUCCCGACCAAGUGACAGUCAUGCGGUGUGCUGCAUUUGGUGCGAUGAUGUAUCCUUCACACGUCUGUCCUCACUGCAAGCCCCGAUGCAGGCUUGAAAGGCAACUGUCAUUCCGUCGGAGUCCAUUGCGAUGGUAGUGGAUCCAAUUGUUUGGGUGUAGUGAAGGAGUGGGUAACAAUCAAAGGAUGCGCGGAUGCGGUAGGGAUAGACGGCACGGGGUGCCUCGAGAGAGGUCCAAGGCUGUCAAGCAGUUUCGCAUGGCCAUUGAGAAUGGCGGCAUACUGUAGGGUCGCGCCUGGUGCAGCAUGACUAUGCCAGCUUGUGCUCGCAUGGAGCCUCAUUGGCAUGCGUAAUACAUGUAGGUUGCACCAUGUUCGUGGAGGUGUAAGGUGUAAGCAAUCUCGGAUUCACGUAGCAAUGUAGCUUCAAUCCUCCGGAGAGGUCAGAGACUCUAGUUUGCGGUUGUGCGGGUUGUCAUCAGGUGAGGUAAGGUGAGAACGCGAGUGAGAAAAAGCUUACCGAGCUGCGUGUCAGUUCAAGGCAUGACUGCGUUGAUGCUGGAGCGAGCACAGGAUGCG